ACACGACGACGUGAUUGUGAGCGGUCGUGUUUUAUAUAGGUACACGUGCAGUCAAAGUAACCUAUUAAUUUAUAUAAUUAAGAUUUUUUGUGAAUUAAUGGAUGGUUAAAAAUUAAGCGCAGACACUUUUGUUGAAUUGGACGACUUGAUUGAGGCUACACAGAUGAACAUAACAGUUUUAUGAUAGUGGGUGUGAUGGAAAUGUCACACCAGGGCGGUGCGGAGGCCGAGAGCCUGCUCCGCUCUGAGCGGAGCGGCGUCAUCAUGCCCGGACAAAGGCGUUGGGAUGUUACCGAGGGUGAGAAGGCGCCGUUCCUACGCAACGAGCCGGUGAAGUUGACGCCCGCGUGGGAAGGUUCUAAUCUGCCCAAUGACACGCUCAACUUAAAAGGAAUUGCCAUGGAUUUGGCGCCACCUAAGGAUAAAUGGAACUUGAUCUUCUUCACGUUGAUGCUCCAUGGCCUGGGGACCCUGACAGCAUGGAACAUGUUCAUAACGGCGAAGGACUAUUUCGUCAACUACAAGCUGGUGAACGCACCGAAUUUAGCAGAUGACUUCAUGCCGUACGUCGGAUGGGCGAGUCAAGUGCCUAAUCUUCUUUUUAGCUGGUUCAACAUAUUUGUUAAAAUCGGAGGCAAUUUGACGACGAGGAUCGUUUGGUCACUAUGUAUAGAAGUGCUUAUAUUCGUGGCUACGGUUGUUCUCGCUAUGGUCGACAGCUCACAGUGGCCUGUAGUAUUCUUUUGGCUCACUAUGAUAUCCGUUUUCUUCUUGAAUGGUUUCAACGCUAUAUUCCAGAACUCAGUGUAUGGAGUGGCAGCUCGUCUCCCGCCGCAGUACACGGGUGCUGUCGUCCUCGGCUCCAAUAUCUGCGGUACCCUCGUUGUAUUCAUCAACUGGGCCUCAGAUGUAUUUACAAAGAGCUACAGGACAUCAGCAAUAUAUUAUUUUAUUGCGGGCAUGUUCGUUCUACUAAUCUGCUUUGAUACAUACUUCGCUUUGCCGUUGAACAGAUUUUUCCGCUAUCAUGAAACAUUGCAAGAACGAACGCUACGUGUGAACCCGGCACUGGCCGCUACGAAUCAGAACACGAGCCCUUCGACCCAACGCACACCUUAUGGUCUCAUCCUACAACAGUCUAUCGUUCAACUUUACAAUAUAUUUAUUGUAUUCUUUGUAACGCUUGCUGUGUUCCCGGCAGUUCAUUCGGACAUUCAGCCAGUGACGCCCGGAUUUCUUGGAAAUAACUUUGUAAGACUCACAUGCUUCCUGACGUUCAAUUUCACGGCCAUGAUUGGCAACAUAACAGCAAGUUUGUGGCAAUUUCCAAGUCCUCGUUGGUUGGCCCUUUUCACAAGUCUUCGCCUGUUCUUCAUCCCCCUUUUCCUGCUGUGUAACUACCACCCAAGAGGCAGACUACGAACAUUACCAAUUUUAAUUGACAAUGACUGGGUUUAUUGGGCAAUGGCUGUUCUACUCGGAUGGAGCUCUGGUCAUGGCAGUUCUCUUGGCAUGAUGUAUGUUAGUGGUACUGUGGCCCCGGAGCAUGCAUCAACAGCUGGCAUGAUAGGAGGAGCCACACUAGUAACGGGCAUCGUAGUUGGUAUUUCAUUCUCAAUAUUCUGCCCGGAUAUUGUAUCUCUCGCCGUUUGGUCGAAUAUGUAGCGAUUACUUGCGUACAUUGGGACGUUUUGGAACGUUCUAGUACGUGUUGGGAAGUGAUUAACUCUUGGAGUUCAGUGUGGUAUUAAAGUGUCGUGUUGUGAUAAGUUAUACCCCGCCUUUGCCACGCCUUAGUGACAUCUCAAUAUGAUAAGUAUAAAUGUUCCUUAAUCACAAAGUGUUACUUUGUAUGAGAGACAUUUGUCUUUUGCGAUUUAUGAAAUAUUCUAUAACGUAACAUUGAAUAGUACGAUUUUAAAUUAUCACAUAAGGUAAUAAAAACUAGAUCAUAUACAGUUCAUAUUUAAUUCAGAAUAUUUAAAAUAUAUACAAUAUAUAAGCUACUGAUUUCAUAUAGUUGACGUGUCUUAUACAUAUACAUAGACAAGAUGAGACAUUUAACACAACAGUAUAACACGGUGAUUAACUACAUAUGAUAUAACAAUGCCUUAUUCCAUGAAUAUCUGUCGCUGCAAGGAAAUUAAUGGAAUUGAAAAUGUUUGAAUACAAUUUUAUUCAUAUUGACAAUGAAACAUAUUAUUGAAAUGUUAAUAUUUAAAAUAGUUAUGACAAAUUAAUAUAAAAUAAAGAAUUUAUUAAUUAAAAUUGUACUUUAUAUAACAUGACAUAUUAUUUUAGUUGUCUAUAGCCCUUGUAACUACAGAUAUUUUGAUCCAAACUGCCAUAAAAAGUAAUUAAUUAUAUUUAAUUCAUAAACAAUUCCUUUUAUCAAUAUAAAUUGAUAUCAACAAUAACAUAUGUUGAAGGCAAAAUAAAUGAGACCUUAAUAGCUGGUAAUUAGGUUGGUCUGUGACAUAAGCUUUUAUAUCAGCAGAUGAUAUAAUGAUUGUUGAAGUUUGAGGCUUAGAGUAUAUAAUUAUUGUAAGUAGUACAAAUUGUUAAAAUUUAUAUUUAGAAAUACGUUUAUUAUAGUAAAUCCGUUCCGAUUAUGAUUUCAUAUUAUCUCUUCAGAACAGGUUACGAAACAAAAAAUACAGAUACAUAUAGAAAAUUUAUUUUUGUGUUUAAAAAACAUAACAUAAGAUUUAAAAAAAAAACAGCGAGUAUUUUAAAAUGUUUAACUACAGCAUCUUUUGGUCCUCCCAAUUAUUAAUAUUUUACGUCCCUAAAUGUAAGUUUAAUAUAUACAAGAUAUUAAUCCAAAGUGCUUCUAUUAUUUAAGAAUUGUAAGGCUUAGUUAUAAUAAGACUUUCGACGGCAAUGAUGUAAUUAAUCGAUUUUUUUUAAAUUACUAUUAUUAAAAGAACUACAGCUCGCUGUAAAAUUAAGGUAUGAUAGUUUUGUUUUUAAUAAAUAUGCACUAAAGUAUAAUAUAUUUGUAAGAAAUUUGGUAAAUAUAUUAUGUAAAAUUAUUAUUAUUUUUAAUUACUGGCAACACACAACAAUACAUAGCAUUAAAAAAAAAUGUUUUUUGUUGAUUUGAUUUCCAAUAAGUGUGUAGAAUUAUAGCAUUUUUUCUUACAGACUGAUUUUUGCACUAACACUAUUAGAUGUAUAUAAGAAAAAUUUAUAACAUUACUUAUAAGUAAUAUUUAAAGCAAUAUUUUGUAACCUCAAAAUUAUUAUCUUAUUCUUAAAAUUAGUUUAAACAUAAAAUGAAAAAAAUGUUUGGUUAUUAUUACUUGUUUUUAUAUUAUUGAAUUAUUUUACAGGAUUUAUAAAUUUUUUAACUUUUGUUUUGUGAUUUAGCCUUAUUGCCUCUACAAAGUUAUGAAUAACAAUUGUGAUAUAUUAAAAUAGAUCACAUUUAUGUAUUUGAAAGUUAGUUCAUGAGCAGAAAUUACAAGUAACAGUUACUGCUCAUUUGCUGCAACUUCAGAGAGGCAAAGUUAAAUUGUUUUUAACAAAAUGUUAUGUGCUAAGAAAUAUUUAAUAAUUAAAGUUUAUCGACUUUAUCAUUUAUCAUAUAGUUAAAAAUGCCUUUUCACAUAGAAACGCACAUUAUAAUGACCGAUUUUAUGCAAAUAGUCACAAAAGCUCGUUAUGAUUUUUUUAUUAACCAACUAAUUAGAAUUGUAUUUGCUUAGUAAGUUCAUGCAAAAUAAUAUACGUAUUAAAUAAAAUUAUUUUAUUUUGCAUGAAUUUGAAUAAAUUUUAACAAGUAGUUAAAUGGUAUUGAAUAAAUGUAUCAUUUUGCGUUUUUGUAUAAUUAAUAUGACACAUUGUGUAUAAAACUAAUAUUUGAUGAAGUAAUGUUUGUUGCUGAGAAUGGAUUAUUCCAGAGUGUUCAUCAUAGAGACCAAAUAAUCUCUUAAAUUAUAUGAGCAAAGAGUUAUUUUUGUUCUACCUACACUAACAGUCGUUAGGUAUUAUUUAUUACACAGUAAAGUUUUUUUUCAUUAA